AUGAAUUCCGUCACAAAGACCAGUAUGAUAGCUUGCAAGGCCAAAUGGCGAGCAGACAAACUAUCAAAGCUAAAAAGUGGACUGUUAGCUCAGCAGAAUACAUUUGUACGCCAAGCUCAGCUGAACCAGUCAUCUGUUCGGGCCAGCUUUCGGGUUGCUCAACUGAUAGCAAACAGCGGUAAACCUUUCACUGAUGGAGAGUUUGUCAAGAAAUGCAUGAACGCUGUCGCGGAGGAGGUGUGUCCCGAGAAGAAAGAUGUCUUUAAUGCCGUGAGUCUAUCAGCGAGUACAAUCACCAGACGCAUUGAAGAAAUCGAGGCACUGGAUGAGAGCACGGACGUGCAGGACACCACGCAGUUGCUCAUUUUUAUUCGUGGAGUUAGUGCAAACAUUGAGAUGUGUGAGGAGCUGGCAGUCCUCCAAAGUCUCAAAGGGCCUACGACGGGGGAGGAUAUUUUCAGCAAAGUGUACCAAACCAUGGAAGAGUUGGACCUGGACUGGUCAAAGCUGGCCAGCAUCACAAUUGACGGGGCUCCCAGUAUGGUGGGCAUGUCUCGGGGUCUAAUAGGACGCAUGAACCGGGAGAUGAAAGAACGGGGUCUCACCGCCCCGCUACAAGUCCACUGCCUAAUUCACCAGCAAGCACUGUGCUGCAAAGUGUUGACGUGGGAUUCUGUCAUGAAGGUUGUGGUGUCAUGA